AUGUGGGUGUUUGGCUCCGCCUCUCUGCUCCCAUUGGUGGUGGUGCUGCUGUUGUCCCCGUUGCGUUGCCAUGGCGAUGCGGAGGAGGACGAGGAGGAGGGCGGUCCGCGGCUGCGCUUCACGGCGGAACACUACGAGGCGAGCGUGUUCGAGAACUCACCUGCGCGCACGUACCUGGCCAGCGUGAGCCGCAUGGGCGUGCCGUUGCUACGGCGCUCCUGGGAGCCGCGCUUCCGUGUUGCCGGGGGCGACGGCGAGGGCUUGUUCCGCGCAGAGGAGCGUUGCCUUGGCGACUUCUGCUUCCUGCGUCUGCGUCUGCGUGGGGGGGGCGCGGCCGUGCUCAACCGGGAGGUUGCCGGCGGUUACGAGCUGCGCGUGCGCGCCACUCUGAGGGGGCAGGACGGACAGGAAGCCUGGACGCGCAUCACCGUCCACGUGCUCGACCGCAACGACCUCCGACCCCUCUUCUCCCCCACCACCUACUCCGCACGCAUCAGCGAGGACACGCCCCCACGGGCCAGCGUCGCCCAGGUCACAGCCACGGAUGCGGACUCCGGUUCUAACGGCGAGUUCUACUACUUCCUGAAGCGGCGCUCGGAGCUCUUCGCCGUCCACCCCACCAGUGGAGUUCUACUACUGACCGCUCCUCUGCCGCCAUCGCCACGGGAACACCAGCUGGAGGUGGGUGCGGUGGACCGCGGCAUGAAGCUCUACGGCAACAACGGUGUGAGUAGCACGGCACGCGUCAUGUUGCACCUGGAGACGCCUAGCAACCGGCACAGCCCUCUCAUCGCCACGGCAACCCUUCAGCCCGCCCGCUCCGGCCCUGACCAGCUGGUCGCCGUGGUGACCGUGACGGACGAAGAUCGCGGCGCGGAUGGACAGAUCGCUGACCUCACAAUAGUGGGAGGAGUCUCGGGGACGACACUGCGUCUGGAGCGGAGGGGGGAGGGGUCUCAAGAAGGGGCGGAGUUUGUGAUGCUGACGGCGAAGGGUUUUGAUUGGACGUCGUCGUCUGGGGGUGUGUCUGUGACGCUGCAGGCUCGUGACCGUGGCGACCCACCCCGCUACUCUCCUCCACACACACUGAGGCUCCUCCCACCUCCCCCCGACCCUACGCCACCCCGUUUCCCUGGCGACGGUUACCAUGUGCGCGUGAGCGAGCUCGCGCCGCCCGGAACGCUGCUGGUGGCCGUCACGCUGACCCCUCGCCCGGCCGCCGCACGCUACACGCUGGACACACACACACACACACACACACACAGCGAGCUCUUCGCCGUGGGCUCCCGCUCAGGGGUCGUCUCCACGGUUACUUGGCUGACCUCCCUCGGCCAGGAGACCCUCACGCUGGAGGUCACCGAGGAGACCAGCGGGCAGAAGGUCAAAGUUCAGGUGACGCUGCUGGACGAGAAUGACCACGCGCCGGUGUUCAGCGCGCAGGCCUACCACGCCGUCGUCAACGAGAGCGUUCCCGUGGGAACCACCGUGCUGUCGCUCACGGCGACGGAUGCUGACCGCGGGGAGAACGGCUACAUCACCUACAGCCUGGAGGCGGACCCUGCCGCCGAGGUCCAGCCGUCCCAUUGGCCGCCCUUCUCCGUCAAUCAGUUCUCGGGGGCGCUGGUCACCCGCGGCCGGCUGGACUUCGAGCGGCGGGCGGAGUUCUGGAUGACCGCGCGAGCGUCCGACUGGGGCUGGCCGGAGCGGCGGGAGAGCCGCGCGAGCGUGCACGUGAGCGUGCACAACCAGAACGACGAGCGGCCGCUGUGGGGGGGGCGGGGCUGCCAGCUCUUAGUCCCGCCCCUCUGGCCUCAGGACACGCCCCUCUUCACCCUCGCCGCGCUCGACCCCGACCGCCUCACGCCAAUCAAGUACAGCAUCCAAUCAGGAAACAGCGCCCGCCUCUUCAGCCUCCAGCCCGACACCGGGCUCCUCGCCCUGACCCGCCCCCUCCCCAUAGGCCACGCCUACAAUCUACGCAUCACCGCUACCGACGGCGACCACGCCUCCGACCCCAUGAGCCUCAACGUCACCACGGCAACCAGUGUCUCCGCCCCCAGCCUCAGCUGCCAGGACAUGCAGGUUGCCGAGCAACUGGCGGAGAAGCUGUCUCGGGCGCGGGCGGGUGGGCGGGACUACCCUCAGGAGGGGGAGGGGCUACUGGACCUGUUCUCAGCCAAUCGGCACGCGCCGCGCUUCUCGGAGGACGUACCUGAGAAGGUGUGGGUUCCAGAGGACACGCCCACAGGAACAAGUCUGCUGCAGCUACAGGUAACUGAUGACGAUGCGGGCCUCAGUGGUCAGCUGCUGUACUCUAUCGCCCAUGGCAACGGUGACGGCUGCCUGACGGUGGGCAUGCGCAGCGGUGAGGUCACACUCUUCCAGCCAAUGGACCGCGAGCGCACGGAGCGUUACCAUGCCAACGUCACCGUGUACGACCAAGGGUCGCCACGGCGAUCCACAUGGAAACUCAUCACCUUCAUCGUCACAGACGUCAACGACAACACACCUCAGUUCCUACAGCCCAACGGGUACCACACACACAUCCUGGAGAACACUCCCGUCGGCACACAGGUGCUGCAGGUGGAGGCGGUGGAUGGGGAUGAGGGGCUGAACGCUGCAGUUCUCUACUCUCUCCUGACGGAGGCGCCCUUCGGCAUCAACGCGUCCUCGGGCCUCCUCUACGUUGCCGGGCAACUGGACCGUGAGGCCACGCCCUCUUACACGCUGCGUGUGGAGGCUCGAGACUCCGCCCCCGAGCGCUCAGCGCAGCGUGUUGCCGUGACGACGCUGGAGGUGUUGCUAGACGACGUGAAUGAUGUGGCGCCGUUGCUCCUCCCCCAGCGUGUGUGUGUGCGCGUGCGUGAGGACACACCCCUGGGGGCGCUCAUCGCCUGGCCCGACACACACGACCCCGACCUCGGCCCCGGAGGAACGCUCACACACACACUCGCCAACGACUACAACGCCACCUUCACCAUCCACACACACACCGGCGCCAUUCGCCUCAACAGGGAGCUGGACUACGAGAUGCAGCAGGUGUAUAACGUCACCAUAAGGGUGCAGGACGGUGGGGUUCCGGUGUCUCUCCUGACGGAGGGCUGGCUGGAGGUGGAGGUUCUAGACGUGGAUGAGAACCGGUUCCCUCCGGAGUUCCCCUCCUUCGCCACUAACGGCUCGGUUCCGGAGGGUUCCGCGGUGGGAACGUCGGUGCUGCGUGUGGUGGCGCGUGAUGAUGACAUCACAGGGCGAGACGGUCAGCUGAUCUACUCACUCAGAGGGGGGAGUGGCCUCGGACGCUUCGCCAUCGACGAGGACACAGGUGUAAUCUAUACUACGGAUGUACUCGACCGUGAAACGCAAGAUUCCUAUUGGCUGACUGUUUAUGCAACAGAUAUGGGUGUGGUCCCUCAGUCUGCAGUGCUCCACGUCUACAUCCAGGUCGAGGAUGUGAAUGAUAACGCCCCUCUGACGUCAGAGCCCAUGUAUCACGCGUCGGUGCUGGAGAAUUCGCCCAAAGACCUGUCAAUCAUCCAGAUCUACGCCCAGGACCCCGACGCCCCACCCACCCCAGCACAGCUCUCAUUCCGCAUCACCAGCGGCAACGCCAGGAACCUCUUCAGCAUCGACUCACACACAGGUCUUAUCACAACAACCUCAAAGAAGCUAGAUAGAGAACAACAAGCUGAACAUGUUCUAGAGGUGACUGUGUGGGAUGGUGCGCCCUCUCCUCAGCAGGCGCUGGUGUGUGUGUGUGUGUCGGUGUUGGAUGUGAACGAUAACGCGCCGGUGUUCCUGGAGAAGGUGUAUCACGUGCGUGUUCCCGAGCGACGCCGUCGCCAGGCUACCAUCUACCGUGUUUUCGCUCAUGACCGUGACCACGGCAACAAUGCGGAACUCACCUACAGCAUCACCGACGGCAACGGAGACGGAAAGUUCACCAUCGAUCCCAAAACUGGUGUGGUGUCGUCACGGAAACAUUUCUCAGCCGGAAAUUAUGACAUCUUAACUAUAAAGGCGGUGGAUGGGGGCCGUCCUCAGAGGUGGGCGUCGGCUCGUCUGCACGUUGAGUGGGUGGGGCGUGCUGCUGACUCCGCCCCUCUGCUGUUUGACGAGCGGCUCUAUAACUUCAGCGUCACGGAAACGGACCGCGUGGGAGAGAUAGUGGGCGUGGUCUCAGUCAAACACGCCUCCUCCCCUCUCUGGUUUGAGAUCAUCGAGGGCGAUGAGAAGCGUGUGUUUGAGAGCGAUCGCGCUACAGGAACCAUCAUCAUCACCCGCGCGCUGGACGCGGAACAGAGAACGUUCUACAACCUGACGGUGGAGGCCACGGACGGAACCCACAGCACACACACACAGGUGCACAUCACCGUUCUGGACACCAACGACAACCCUCCAGUCUUCUCUCAGUCUGUCUAUGACGUCAUGGUGACGGAGGACACACCCCUGGAGACGGAGUUGCUACGGGUGACGGCGACGGACCGUGACGUCCACCACUCGCUGACCUUUGCCCUCCAGAGCAGCGUCGACCCCUCCAGCAUCCGCCUGUUCCGCAUCGCCCCGGCAACCGGCGCCAUCUACACCACACACACACUCGACCACGAGAGCAACACGCAGCACAUCCUCACAGUCAUGGUGAAGGAGGAGGAGUUUCCGUACAGGAAGGCCCUGACUCGCGUUCUUAUUGGAGUAGAGGACAUCAAUGACCACGCCCCCCUGUUCACCAUGGCGAUGUAUGACGGACAGGUGUUUGAGUCUGCUGCCGUGGGAACCGCCGUGCUCGCUGUCACCGCCCUCGACAUGGACAAAGGAGCCAACGCCCAGAUCCUUUACAGCAUGGAGUCAGGGAACACAGGCGGUGCGUUUGACGUGGAUCCUGUGCAGGGUGUGGUCACUGUGGCUCGCCAGCUGGACUUGUCUGCUAUUGGCCACUAUGUGCUGUCAAUCAGAGCCACAGAUGGUGGGACUCCACCCCUCUCCUCCAUGGCAACCAUCCAUGUUGCUGUGGUGAUGUCAGACAACAUCCCGCCCCGAUUCCCCCUCAGCCAAUACCACGCUCAAGUCAGUGAGAAUGUUGCCAUAGGAACCUCGGUUACCACGGUGACGGCCCUCAGCCGCUCCACGCUCACCUACCACCUUCGCCAUGACAACGGAGGCGGCGCGUUCAGCAUCAACCAGUACAGCGGCGUCAUAGUAACGCAGAAGCCCAUCGACUACGAGGCCAAUCAGAGCUUCACCCUGGCGGUUGCCGCGGGAGACAUGGCUGGACGCGAGGCUGUUGUCAAGGUGACGGUCACCGUGCUGGACCGCAAUGACAACUCGCCGGAGUUCCUGGAGACGCGUUACCAUGGCAGCGUGCGCGAGGGCGCGUCGGUGGGCAGCGUUGUCAUGGACGCAGUGAGCGGGGUGGCGCUGCAGCUGAAGGCUCGUGAUGCGGAUGCAGAGCAGAACGGGCAGCUGGCCUAUCACAUCGCAGAUGAGCAUGCGCGCCCAUACUUCACCAUCGACAUGGCAACCGGAGCCCUGCGUACCAGCGCACCUUUAGACUACGAGACCGCGCCCACAUUCUCCUUCCAGGUGAAUGUGCGUGACCGCGGUCGUCCGUGGAGAUGGGGCGGCGUUGCCAUGGUUACUGUGGACAUUCUGGAUGAGAAUGACAACGCCCCUCGCUUCUCCCAGCCCACUUUCCCCUCCCUCCUCCUCCUCCCGACCUAUCAGGGCGUAGAACUCCUCACUGUCUCCGCCUACGACCCCGACACCAACCAAUCACAGCUGCGCUUCAGCCUGACGGACAGCUCCGGCCCCGCCUCCUCCCGCUGGUCUCUGGACGCCGUUUCCGGGGUGAUGACGGUGCGGAAUGCGAGCGGCUGGGAGGCGGGGCUAGAGCGCGUGGGCGUGCGUGUGACUGACGGACGCUUCACCAGCUCCGCCUUAGUAACCGUUACCGUGCGCGCAGCGCAGGAGGCGGACCUUCGCUUCUCGGAGGCGGAGUUUCGCGCCAGCGUUCCCGAGAACCGGCCGGGACGACAGCUGGUCGCCGUGGUGACGGCGGUGGGCGGGAAGCUGAACGAGCCGCUGCGCUUCUCGCUGCUCAACGGGGGCGGAGUCUUCCAGAUAGGCCACACCUCCGGCGCCAUAGAGACGGUCGGCAUGGCGCUGGACCGAGAGGAGAGGGCGGAGCAUCGGCUGGUGGUGCAGGUCGGUCGUCCUGGAGACCCUCUCCGUGUUGCUAGGGCAACCGUACAUGUUCGUGUUACCGACGAGAACGACAACGUACCGCUGUUUGUUGGUUUGCCCUACUACGCAGCUGUGCAGGUGGAUGCUGCUCCAGGGGUGGUGGUGUGUGUGGUCAGGGCCGUGGAUCUGGAUGCGGGCCCCAAUGGUCAGGUCAGCUACUUCCUGACAGACGACUCAAGGCCCGCCCACUUCCUGAUGGAUGCAGAAAACGGCCAAUUAAAACUCAGCAGGGCUUUUGAACCAGACCUGUCAAACGCUGAGUAUCAGGUGGUGGUGUUGGCACGUGAUCAGGGUCAGCCUGCUCUCUCCUCAUCAGUGACGUUUACGGUGACCGUGGUCAACCGAGCCAUGCCUGUGUUUGAUAAAGCAUUCUACACCGUACGGGUAAAUGAGGACGUCCCCGUGCUCACCCCAAUCUUAGGCAUCAACGCCAGUUGCCCAGAGGGCCAGGCUGUGCUCUACACCCUCUCCCACACACACACACACACACUCACACACACACUCACACACACCGCCUCACACCCGCAGGCUGCGCUGGAGGCUCCUCCCAGUUUCUGGGUGGGGUUUGACACGGGUGUCAUCAGCGUCGCCGCCCCCCUGGAUCAUGAGGCCACGCCCUCUCAUCGCCUGGUUGUCCGGGCAACUGCGGCUGUGACGGGAGCGCGCUCAGAGGUGGAGGUGGAGGUCGUCGUGGGAGACGUCAACGACAACCCGCCCACAUUCACCAGCCCCUCCCACCACGCCGUCAUCUCAGAGAACGCCAUGAUCGGAACUCCCGUCAUACAGGUGUGUGCGGUGGACCCAGACUCUGAUAAGAACGGGGAGGUGCGCUACCAGCUGCUGGCUGAGGGGGGCGCUGUGGGCGGCGACUGGUUCCACCUGGACAGCGUGAGCGGACUGCUGCUGACCGCGCGGCGUCUGGACCGGGAGACGGUCUCCACGGUGACCCUGCGUAUCCGAGCGCACGACCAGGGCUUCCCCGCGCGCGACAACACCGCCACCGUCACCGUGGAGAUCGCCGACGUCAACGACAACGCGCCGCAGUUCGGCCAGCUGCUGUACGAGGCCCGGGUCAGCGAGGGGGCGUCGCCCGGGCAACCGGUGACACGCGUGUGGGCGUGGGAUGCAGACCAACAGGCCACGCCCCUCCGCUACUCGCUGGUGUCGGGUGACGAGCGCGGCCUGUUUAGGCUCCACCCACUCACCGGCGUGCUGUCGCUAGGGGAGGCGUGGCCUGGGCCCCGUCGCCGUGACGAUGAGGUGCUGGUGCUGGAGGUGGGCGUGUCUGACGGCGUGCUGGCGGGAGCGGCUCAGCUGCACGUGUGUGUGGAGCCGCAGAACACACACUCGCCCGUCUUCACCCAGCGCUCCUACGAGGGGCAGGUGAGCGAGGGCGCCGCGCCGGGGUCAAAGGUCACCAGUGUGCGUGCGCUGGACGCCGACCCCGGGCCGCUGGGACAGGUGCGCUACGCGUUGCUAACGGAGACGGCGCAGAGCUGGGUGGCGGUGGACCCGGUGUCCGGGCUGGUUACCACGGCGAUGCGUCUGGACCGCGAGCAGCUGGGCGAUGUGCUGAGCGUCACCGUGGCCGCGGAGGACGGAGGCGGUCGCCGUGACUACUGCAGCGUGCGGCUCACCAUCCUGGACGAGAACGACAACGCGCCGCAGUUCAGAGCCAACGAGUACCGCGUCAGCGUCAGAACACACACUCCUGGGGCCUCUCUGCUCACACAGGUGCAGGCGUGGGACGCAGACCAGGGCUCCAACGCCCAGCUGGAGUACAGCCUCUAUAGCGAGGCCAGCCAGCCAAUCACAGCGCUGCUGGACAUCGACGUGGACAGCGGUUGGCUGGUGACGCGUGCGGGGGCGGGGCUAGAGGCCUUUGAGGGCGGAGUCUUGUCGUUCUUCGUGAAGGCGGCGGACGCUGGAGUUCCGUCCAAUCACGCGCUAGCGCCUGUCUACGUGCACGUGCUCCCAGGACACGCCCCCUCGCUCAGCUUCAGCCAACCGCAGUUCUCCUUCACCAUCACCGAGGACACGCCCAUCGGAGCCACUGUGGGCGUGGUCAAACUCCAAGCCACUCCCCCUGGCGUGGUGUUGAGCGUUGUGAUUGGCCAGACGGAGGACAGUAACCGUGACGGCGUGUUUGUGAUUGACAGCUCGUCGGGGGCCCUUAAGCUGGAGCAGCCGCUGGACCGCGAGUUAGUCUCCGCCUACCGCUUCCGCGUCUCCGCCUCCCUGCCGCAGCUGCCGGUUGCCGUGGUGACGUGUGUGGAGGUGGAGGUCAGGGUUCUGGACGUGAACGACCACGCCCCCCAGUUCCUAUUUGCCGUCUACGAGACCAGCGUGCCCGAGGACACGCCCCCUGGGACCCCAUUGGUGCAGGUGCAGGCCGAGGACCCUGAUUGGGCGGCCAACGGUCAGGUGAUCUACAGCCUGACUCCGCCUACUCCUCCGUCCAAUCAGGCGGCGGGGGGAGGGCCGUUGUUUGCGAUUGACAGGAGCUCUGGCUGGAUCAGCACGCUGGGGGGGCUGGACCACGAGCUAAGCUCCUCCCACUCUCUGACGGUGUGGGCGCGUGACCUGGGCGACCCUGUCAGCCUGUCGUCCAUGGCAACGGUCACUGUGGUGGUGAGCGACGUUAACGACAACCCGCCGGUGUUCCUGCAGACGCGUUACCAUGGCAGCGUGCGAGAGAGCGACCCGCCAGGAGAGGUUGUCACGGUGAUAAACACACGGGACGAGGACAGUUCCCCUAGCAACCGCCAGGUUACCUACCACAUCACUGGAGGGGACACUACAGGUGUGUUUGGGCUGGGGCUGGUCCAGGGUGAGUGGACGCUGUACGUGCGGAACUCUCUGGACCGGGAACAGCAGGACCGUUACAUCAUCAACGUCACGGCAACCGACGGACUCCAUGCCUCCAUCGUCAGUGUGGACGUCACGGUUACGGAUGCCAACGACAACAGCCCUGUGUGUGAGCAGGCGCUGUACAGCCUGGAGGUGCUGGAGGAUGUGAAGGUGGGCUCGGUGCUGCUGCGUGUACGAGCCACAGACGCAGACUUGGACUCCUACGCUCAGAUCAGAUACACUCUCACCGGAGACGGCGCACACAACUUCAGCCUGCACACACACACAGGUGAACUUAAGACGGCGGUGGAAUUGGAUCGGGAGACGACAUCCCAGUACAUGUUGGUUGCUGUGGCGACGGACGGGGGCGGGCUCUCCUGCAGUGCUCAGGUGUCAAUCACACUAUUGGACGUCAACGACAACGCCCCUCAGUUCGGCCAAUCAGAACUCGCCGCCAGCGUCUACGAGAACACGCCCACCAAAGCCCUCAUCACACGCAUCCAGGCCAUGGACCCUGACCUGGGGGCCGGUGGCCGCGUGCGCUACUCUCUGCUGGACGGUGAGGGUGUGUUUGCGCUGGACGCUGAGUCGGGUGUGUUGUCUCUGGAGCGUGCGCUGGACCGGGAGGUGCGGUCAGCCUGGCGCGUGUGUGUGUCGGCUCGUGACCAUGGCGACCCGCCGCUCUCCGCUCACGCCAACCUGACCGUCAGCGUCCUGGACGUCAACGACAACCCGCCCGUCUUCGGUCGCCGUGACUACCUGACCUCGCUGCCCGAGGACGUCGCCGUGGGAACGGAGGUGAUGCGCGUAUAUGCCGCCAGCAAAGACAUCGGGACCAACGCAGACAUCUACUACAGCAUUCGCCAUGGCAACCAGCUGGGACACUUCAGCAUCCACAUCAACACAGGGGCCAUCUCGGUGUGGCGUGCGCUGGACUUCGAGGCGUGCUCCGGCUACUUCCUGACUGUGGAGGCGAGAGACGGCGGGGCUCCCCCCCUCAGCGCGGUUGCCAUGGUGAACAUCAACGUGUCGGACGUGAACGAUAACGCGCCCGUGUUCAGCAGAGACGCCUACAGCGCCACCAUCAGCGAGGACGCCGCCGUCGGAGACAGCGUCGUCAAGGUGACAGCAGAGGACAUGGACAGCCCACUGAAUGGGGCGGUGCUGUACUCUAUCGCCGGGGGCGACCGUGAAAAGCAGUUCUUCAUCGAGCCAAUCACGGGCCUCAUCCGCGUCAACAAACCACUGGACCGCGAGAUGGUGAUGGCGUACUCCGUAAGUGUGUGUGCUAAGGACUCCGGUUCUCCUGCUCUCUCCUCAACUGCUGUCGUGAACAUCGAGAUAUCCGACAUCAACGACAACCCGCCCACCUUCAGCUCAGCCAACCAGACUGCAGUUAUCCAGGAGAACACGCCCUCUGGAACCAGCAUCCUGCAGCUGUCCGUCACAGAUAAAGACUCCGCCCCCAACGGUGCCCCAUUCCUGUUCCGCAUUCUAUCAGGAAAUGAAGGGGCGGAGUUUCAUCUGGACAAGGAGGGUCUUCUGACAUCCAAUCAGAUCUUCAGGAGAGAAAUAGCCACUGAAUACAUCUUACAAGUUCAGGCGUGGGAUGCUGGUCGACCCUCCCUGUCGUCCGGGGCAACGGUGGUGGUGCGUGUGAUUGAAGAAAGUGUUCACCCCCCCUCUGCAUUGCCCUUGCAGGUUCAUAUCGUUGCUAUGGAGGACGAGUUCCCGGGGGGCGUGAUUGGCCAGAUCCACGCCUCCGACAUGGACGCCUUCGAUGUGCUCACCUUUGGACACACCCACCAGCAGAACAGCCUCUUUAAGGUCAGUCCUCAGGACGGGCGUGUGAUCGCUCUGAGCGGGCUGGACGGAGGUGUGUAUUCUCUCAACGUGACGGUGAGUGACGGGCGCUUCUCGGUGAGCGUGCCCGUGAGCGUGCACGUGGAGGGGGCGUCGGCCGAGAUGCUGGUGCACGGCGUGACGCUGCGCUUCGACCGCGUAGCCCCGCCCACUUUCCUCCAGCGCCUCCCGGAGCUGCGGCGACGCAUCGGCGCUGCCAUGGCGACCGCGCGGCCCUCGCUCCUGCACGUGCUCAGUGUGCAGCCCGUGGAGACGGGCCAGCUGGACCUGCUGGUCGCCGUGGAGACGCCCGAGGGAGGAUUCUACAAGGCAGCCUACGUCUCUCAGAAGCUAGCGGGAGCACGCAGGAGCCUUGACCAGGUUCUACGUGUAUCGGCCGUGCUGGAUAAGAACUGUUCUGCGCUGGACUGCCGUGAGUCGGCGUGUGAACAGCGUCUGGAGUUGGACUCCCACAACAUGCAGACACACUCCACACACACACUCAGCUACGUCACACCGCGCUUCUUACGACACACACGCUGCAUCUGCACUGAUGGGAGCUGCGCUGAUGAAGAUGACGUGUGUGCAGGUGUGUGUCCGGCCGAUAUGCGCUGCGUCGGAACCUUCGGUUCCAGCGGCCCGUACACCUGCCAGUGUCCCCCUGGAAAACUAGGAGAGUGUGCAGGUCAUUCCUCUCUCAGUUUCCUAGGCAACAGCUUUAUAAAGUACAGCGUGUCAGAGGGCCUGAGGGGCGGAGUCAUGAGGGUCAGUCUGCGAAUCAGAACGCUCCAGAGCCGAGGAGUCAUCAUGUACACAAACACACACGCCUGCACCCAGCUCAAGCUGGAUCAGGGUGAGCUGUGGUUCCAGGUGGAUUGUGGGAGUGGUCUGCCACACCUUGGCAUCUCUGGACGUCCAAUCAACGACGGGCGCUGGCAUCAUGUGACAGUGGAGCUGGGCGCUAACCACAGCAGCCUCUCAUUGGACGACACCUACGUGGAGCAGAGGCGUGGCCCAAUCAGACCCCUCCCCUCUGCUCCCGAUUGGGCGCUGGUGUUUGGGGCGGGUCCAGAGGGGGGCGCGGCCCAAGGUCUGCAGGAGCGACGUGAUAGGCUGCGGAGGCCGGUGGGGGCGGGGCCAGUGGGGGCGGGGUUUCAGGGCUGCCUGGACGCGCUGCAGCUGAACGGACGAGAGCUCCCCCUGCAGGACAAGCGCAGUAAUGACGCGCGCGUGCUCACCCACGCCGGCCUCGCUCUCGGCUGCAGUCUCCGCCCCGACGCCUGCCAAUCACAGCCCUGCAGGAACGGAGCCAGCUGCAGCAGCCAGCCCGCCGGAGGGUUCUGGUGUACCUGCGGAGCGUUCUUCACGGGCCCGCGCUGUGAGGUGGAGUUGAGUGUGUGUGUUCCAAACCCGUGCAAGAACGGCGGCCAGUGCAAAGCCAUCGGCAACGCCUUCCUGUGUAGCUGUAGGAGGGGUUACACAGGACUCACGUGUGAGGAGGACGUAAACGAGUGUGAGGGCGAGGAGUGUGAGAACGGCGGCGUGUGUGUGAACACGUUCGGCUCCUUCUUCUGUAACUGCACGCCGGGGUUCGUGGGUCGUCUAUGUCGGCUCCGCCCAGUUCUGGUGCCGGACAUGCAGGCUGGCCACGCCUACCUGGGGCGCGAGGAGCUCAUCGGCAUGGCGACGGUGCUGUUCCUGAUCGUGGUGCUGGUGCUGCUGUUCGUGGCGCUGCGGAAGCGUUUGUUCCGGAAGAGUCCGUCUCGUCUGGCGCUGGACCCUGCUGCGGCCGCGCUGCUGCACAAAGCCAACGGAGCCUUCCCGCCGCCCACACACACACUCACACACACACACGCUCACACACUCACACACGCACACUCGCUCUCACACCCCGCGGGGCUGUUUCCCGAAGGGGUGGGGCCUCCGCAGGUGCCCGUCAGGCCUAUGGCGUACACGCCCUGUUUCCAGGGCAACGACGGAACACGAGGAGGAGUGGGCGGUGCUCUGGAGAAAGGGGCGGAGCUUACGGAGAUGACCACGUUCCACCCCUCGGAGGCGUCGCCACGGAUACUGGGCGGGGUCUCGGCGAGAAGGGGCGUGGUCGUGUGCAGCGUCGCUCCCAACCUCCCGCCCACCUCCCCCUGCCACUCCGACUGCAGCGACCUCAAGAGCCCCUGGGACACCGACCAAGGUGUGUGUGUGUGAGAAGAUGGACUGUGUUUUGGAGGCAGUAACAAAGGCAGCAACUCGGAGGUUCAGUCCCUCAGUUCCUUCCAGUCUGACUCCUGUGAUGACAAUGUCUAUCACUGGGACACGUCUGAUUGGAUGCCGAGCUCACGACUGCCGGACAUCGAGGAGGUUUCAGCCUAUGACAGUGCAGACACCUCCGUCACCAUGACGAUGGGUGUGGGGGCGGACUUAGAGACGGACUACUACCUGGGCGGGGCUUAUGACAUAGACAGUGAGACUCCGCCUCCACAGGGCGAGGAGUUACACCUCUCUCCUCCAAUCAGCUCCGACCAUUACGACAGCUCGCCCGCCAGUCAGCCGGUUUCCACGGAGACCACUCUGAGCAGAGGGCAGAAGGCCCGCCCACAGUUCCACCCCAGCCAAUACCUGCCUCCACACCAGCCGCCACUCACAGACGGGCCCGCCCCUCCGGGGGAGGAGCUUAGCACGUUUGUGGGUGGAGCAUUGGGAAGGCGGGACCUUGAGGAUGAGAGGUCAGGCAGGUUGUCAAUCAAUGCCUCCUCAGCUUCCGAUGUCUCCGCCCCUUCCUGUGUCUAUGGGGACUCCGAGACAGACAGUCUAGAAGAGUCACAGCAACAGACUGAAGUGUGAUACACACACACACACACACACACACACGCACACACUAAUGAACUGCAGCCAUCCCACUUCCUCUUAAUAAAUGGCAAAAAUUAAGUGGGUGUGGCCAACUGUUAAAGCACAGGAAGUGACUUUGGUCAUGUGACCUGGUCAUGUGACGCAUGGCUGUGAGCAGUCCCCUGAGUGAAGAGACCGAGGUGCGCGCUGUUUGAGUGUGUGUGAGAGAGAGAGAGAUCACUGCCGUAUUUCUUAACAGCUAAAAGAGCAAUAUCACAUUUGAGCUCCAGAGAGAGAGGAGGAAGAGACAAGCAACGGAAGAGAGAGAAGAGAGAAAAGAGGGAGAGAGAAGAGAGAGAGAAGAGAGAGAGAGAGAGAGAAAAGAGGGAGAGAGAAGAGAGAGAGAAGAGAGAGAGAAGAGAGAGAGAAAAGAGAAGUCAUCCUGGACAGGAGCUAUGCAAGUUGAUUUGUGUGUGUGUGUGUGUAUAUGUGUGUGUGUGUGUGUGUGUGUGUGUGUGUGUUAGGGCAACAGGUGUCAUUUCUAGCACACAGAGGGUCUUU